CCCGUGUGCUCGUCUCCUGCAGCAGAGGUGGGCGUGAGGAGCUUCUGACCCUCUCUGUCGUGUCUGCAGCUCCGGAGGAGGAGGAGGAGGAGGAGGAGGAGGAAGAGGGGCGGACAUGGAUGGACUGCGUUUACCUCCACUCAUUGAGGAGGCUCUGGACUCUACAGAUGACCCCAGUGAUCUGAAGGCCGACAGCAGCCCCACCACAGAAAACGAGAUAACAGCCAAGGAGCGAGGCGUCCUGGAGAACAACGAGAAGGAGGAGAUGGACCGCGAAAGAUCUCCGGAGGACGAGGGGGAAGAGAAGAAGCUGAAGGAGGAGGAGGAUGAGGGCGAGGAGAAGAGGAUGAUGGAGCAGGAGGUGCUAACAGAGGAGCAGGAGCUGGAGGAGCUGAAGGCCCAGGUACUGCAGCUGCUGCUCGAGCUUGAAGAGGCCAGAGAGACGUCCAACAAACACCAGGAGAGUUUCCACGAGCUGCAAGCCCAGCUGCGCUCUGUGCAGGAGGAGAUGAACAGCCUGGAAGAGGAAAAGGAGAGCGAGCUAACCGAGGCCCAGGAGGAGCUGCGUACGGCCCAGGAGGAGGUGCUCCUGCUGCAGCAGGCGGCCGAGGAGGCCGCCGCCGAGCGGGAGAACGACAUUGCGUCGCUGCAGGAGGAGCUGUGUCGCCGGCGGGCAGAGCUGCAGCAUCUCACUGAGGAGACCCAGGAGUACGAGCUGGAGAUCACCACUCUGAGGGCAGAGAUCAGCAUGAAGAGCCAGCGCAGGGAGGCUGAGAGGAGAGAGGGUGACGUGAGCCUGCUGAAGGAGGAGUGCCGCAUGCUGAGGGAGGAGUGUCAGACCCUGAAGGAGGACAACAGACGUCUCUCUGAGAGGCUGCAGCUGCUGCAGAGACAGAGGACAUGCUCCAGCGUCUACCUGUCACUGAAAGAGGAGGACACGAUGGAGGGCACAGAGGUCGGGGAGACGAAGGUGUCCUCAGACGAGGUGAUGACAGAGAGCUACAUGACCAUGGCUCAGUCUGAGAACUGUCACCUGGUGGACGCCUCCAUCCAGAAGAACAUCUCGUUCGAUGGGAAGCCGGUGACGCCUACAAGCUGGAACGGGGGCAUCAGUGAGAUCCUAUCUCUGAGAGACCAGCUGAAGCAGGCCGAGGAGAAGGCCUCCAAGGUUCAGAGAGAGUGUGACGGUUUGAAGAUGGAGCUGAAGGAGCUGCAGGUAUUGUACGACAGCAGCCAGAGGGAGAGAGCAGAGCUGGAGGAGGAGCUGCAGCGCUGCAAGGCAGAGCUGGAGAAGCUGUCAGGGGGGGCUCAGAGAUUCAUCCAUCCGUCUGAGCACCCUGUUCUCUCCAUCCCCUUCAUAGGAAUGAUUAUAAUUGUGGCUGUGGUCUGGUGCUGGUUGUCGGAGCUGGCGUCCCAGAGAGCAAGGGGAGUGAGGUAGGUUGGAACUCCAUUGUGACUCUUACUGCAGCCACUGCACUCAUGCUAGCCAUGGCUAGCUUCCUGAGAGCCUUCGUGCGAUGUUGACUGGAUGGGAAACAGCUGCACGCGGGUGGACGUCUGCUUCAGACCAGCCUUCGUUCUCUCCCACCACGUCCAUAGACUAAACAGGAAUUAUUUAAAUGUGAUACAACUGGUGACAGUGGUAGAAAACAUGUGAAUGGGUUAAGUCUAAUGAGUCGGUACCAAAGGCGCACACAGACGGAGAACGAUGCAGACAGAAAGCACUGACGACAAUGAGCUGACCUUCAGCCCACGUAUGGAGUUAUUAUGUCUAAUAAAUGUAUUGUGAGGUGUCAUUUGUCUUCUGGUCAACAAACAUGAUGUUUUUCUCUUUUAACAAUGUGACAAUAUGAAGGUCUGACUUGUUAAUGCUCACUAAACAGACUUAAUUUAAUUUAGCUAUUUUUAUUUAUUCUAUUGGUUGAAUUUUGCUUGAUUAUAGUGACAGAUGUUCAGGACGCUGAGUUCGCUGAAAAUAAACAUGUAAAACUUUCAGAAAAUGAGCUGUUAGAGAUCAGAUACUUAUCACAGAUCAAGACAUUUGUUUUACGCAGACCUUCCUUUAGAUUUUGAUUCAUUUAUUUAAAACAUACAAAUAACUGAAUCCCUGACAAUCCUUGCUGUAAUGCAACCUCUGAUAUAUGAAGUCAUCCUUUUAUUAGUAACUAAUGUACAGGGACAUUUUUAUGAUCUAACUUGGUAUCUUCAGUCUUUUAGAAAAAGUUUUUUUUAACAACUCUGGGGGGCCCAAAUGAGCGCUGUGGACAUCUUUUCUUACAUUUCAGCUCCAUGUCAACUAGAUAUUAUAUUUCUGUUGGUAUUUAAUUGGCUUAUUCUUCUGAGAUGAAUGUAGAAAAUGGUUCUUCAGCUUUCUCAUGGUACACAGUUUGAAUGGACCGCCAGUUGUUUUUUGUAAAAUACGAACAAACUUGACUGAUUUCUUUCCACAGAUGAAAUAAAUCUGAUUUAUGGACACGGUUGGUUUGUUUGAGGGUUCAAAAUGUGUAAAUAGGAAGACGUCACAAGAAAUAUUUGAAGCAUUAAUUGCAUUUUAUGUGUUGAAGGAAUCUGUUUACAUUUGUGAAAUGUUCUUUUUUGUGACAGUUUUUUAGAGGUUAAACAAGCAUGGUAGAAAAUGUAGAAGUUCAGUAUUUAUGUUGGUUCUGUGCUACUUUGUAUUCAUGUAAAUAGACGUGACAUAAAGCACUUAUGGGAGAAAUAAUGUUCUUAAGUCCAUUUGUACUAGCUUUGUAGAAAGUUUACUCUAUUUUGACAGAGUGUCAUAUAUUUGAUAACCAAAUUCUAAGCUAUGUUUAUUUAUGGGGACUUUAUUCAUUAUUAGUAUUUUAAAUCAUUUUCUCUACCCCCACCCACCCGUGUUCAAACACCAUGUAACCAUUUAAACUGGUGCUGACACUAGUUGCUGGGAAACACAAAAUAACUCAUUUUUUCACUUGGCUGAGUUUUAGAAAUAAAACCGAACAUUUCUCUCAGACAUUUAUCAUUCAACUGAACCUUAACAAGCAUUCCACGUGUGAGCAUAAACACUGAGGAUGUGCCACAAGACCAAUUCACAGUAGGAAGUGAAGCCCUAAAAAUAUUGUACAAGUAAAAACUUCUUUAUUUCUGAGUUUAUUUUAGAGCAUCAUUUCAGAAGGCUCUAUGUCGCACCGUGUUUCAAAGCUUGCUGCUUUACCUGUCUGCAUUGUUGUUUUCAAUAUAUCUGUGACUAUUUUGUUACUUGGAGGUCUAUUUUGCACUGCAAAUGACUUGAGGAAAUAAAUAUAUCC